AUGGUGUUGAUUUUGGGCAGACGAAUGAACAGAGAGGACUCUGGGAUCAGAGAUUCUCCAGCCGUCAAGCGCAAGGUCUUUGAGGUUGACCCCAAAACUUUAACUAGUCAGGAUGUCCUGGACUUCUGCUCUGGAGCGUCCCACUCUGAUGGAAUCCUGCAGGUGUUCAAUGAGUUCCGUGAUUGCAGACUAUUCACAGAUGUGGUCAUCAGCGUUCAGGGUCGCGAGUUUCCCUGUCACCGCGCUGUCCUGUCUGCGUGCUCCUCCUAUUUUAGAGCCAUGUUCUGCAAUGACCACCGUGAGAGCCGCGAGAUGCUGGUGGAGAUCAAUGGCAUCUUGGCCGAAGCCAUGGAUUCAUUCCUGACCUACGUUUACACAGGGCGCGCCAAAAUCACCACCGAGAAUGUGCAGUUUCUUUUUGAGACUUCCAGCCUGUUCCAGAUCUACACUCUGCGUGAUGCUUGUGCCAAGUUCCUCGAAGACCAGCUGGAUCCAUGUAACUGCCUGGGCAUACAGCGCUUUGCCGAUGCCCACUCCUUGAAGCAACUGGCCAGUCGCUGUCGCAGCUAUGCCGUGGCAAACUUCGCAGAGGUGGCUCAACAUGAGGAGUUUCUUGACCUCCACAAAGAAGAGCUGGAAGAGUAUAUUGCCAGUGAUGAGUUGUCCAUAGGGAAGGAGGAGGUGGUGUUCGAGGCUGUCAUGCGCUGGGUCUAUCACUGUGCGGAGCUAAGACGACCCAUGCUCAAGGACCUGCUGCACCAUGUCCGCCUGCCUCUUCUGCACCCAAACUACUUUGUCCAGACAGUGGAGGGAGACCAGAUCAUUCAGAAUGCUCCAGAGUGCUACCAGCUCCUUCAUGAGGCCAGGCGCUACCAUGUGCUUGGAAAUGAGAUGAUGUCACCAAGAACACGCCCACGCAGGUCGACUGGUUUCUCUGAGGUGAUUGUUGUGGUUGGAGGCUGUGAGAGGGUCGGAGGCUUCAAUCUGCCUUACACAGAGUGCUUUGAUCCAGUCACUGGAGAGUGGAAGUCACUGGCCAAGCUCCCAGAAUUCACAAAGUCUGAAUAUGCUGUCUGUGCCCUGCGCAAUGACAUUCUGGUGUCAGGAGGGCGCAUAAACGGCAGAGAUGUGUGGAUGUACAACUCACAGCUCAACCUUUGGAUCCGUGUGGCCGCUCUGAACAAAGGUCGCUGGAGACACAAGAUGGGAGUUCUCCUGGGCAAGGUGUAUGCUGUGGGGGGCUAUGACGGCCAGACCCGCCUUAGCAGUGUGGAGUGCUAUGACUCGUUCUCCAACCGCUGGACCGAAGUGGCCCCUAUGAAGGAGGCUGUCAGCUCUCCUGCUGUGGCCAGCUGCGCAGGGAAGCUCUAUGUGAUCGGAGGAGGACCAGAUGACAACACAUGUUCAGACAAGGUUCAGUGCUAUGAUCCAGAGUCUGACACAUGGCUGUUCCGUGCUAACAUACCGAUCGCCAAGCGAUGCAUUUCAGCCGUCUCUCUGAACAACGUCAUCUAUGUGUCUGGGGGUCUGACCAAGUCCAUUUUCUGCUAUGAUCCCAAAGAGGAUUACUGGAUGCAUGUGGUUCAUACCUUUAACAAACUGGAGAGCUGCGGCAUGUCGGUGUGUAAUGGCAAGAUCUUCAUCCUUGGAGGCAGGGAGGAAAAUGGAGAAGCAACAGACACAAUUUUGUGUUACGACCCCUCGACAGGCAUCAUCACAGGAGUGUCAGCAAUGCCUCGUCCCAUCUCUUAUCACGGCUGUGUGACCAUUCACAGAUCCACUGAAAGGAGACCAUACAGCAUCAUGUAG